CCAUUAGCAACUAGGAGCCUAGCAGUUACCUUUCGUGAGCGGGCCGGCUGGAGCCUAGGACCUGGUCAUAUAAACGGGGAUGCGGGACAUUUAAACAGCGAUCCGGGAGUGCGCGCUGUGUUAUAAAAUUCGUGACUGAGCAGUUGGGAGGACCAUCCUAUUCUCACUGGACACGUGUGCCUUAAUAAGUGAAUAAUGAAGACAGUACUCAUGGUUGCAGAGAAGCCUUCAUUGGCACAGUCAAUCGCAAAGAUUCUUUCUAGAGGGAGUGCCUCCUCUCGUAAAGGACUGAAUGGUGCGUGCUCUGUUCAUGAAUACACAGGAUCAUUCAUGGGACAGACUGUGCGCUUCAAGAUGACAUCUGUCUGUGGUCACGUUAUGAGCUUGGACUUUAUAGGGAAAUACAACAACUGGGACAAAGUGGAUCCAGCAGAGCUCUUUAGCAAAGCACCUACAGAGAAGAAAGAAGCCAACCCAAAACUCAGUAUGGUCAAAUUCCUUCAGGUGGAAGGACGUGGUUGUGAUUAUGUUGUUCUUUGGCUGGAUUGUGAUAAAGAAGGAGAAAAUAUUUGCUUUGAGGUUCUAGAUGCUAUACAUCCUGUAAUGAACAGAGCACAUGGCGGGGAGCGCACAGUAUACCGGGCAAAGUUCAGCUCCAUUACUGAUACAGACAUCCUAAAUGCAAUGAACCGACUUGGGGAGCCCAAUAAAAAUGAAGCACUGUCAGUCGAUGCCAGGCAAGAGCUGGACCUGAGAAUUGGUUGUGCCUUUACAAGGUUUCAGACAAAGUAUUUUCAAGGAAAAUACGGCAACCUAGACAGCUCUCUGAUCUCCUUUGGACCGUGUCAGACACCAACACUUGGAUUUUGUGUGGAAAGACAUGAUAAGAUCCAGUCUUUCAAACCAGAGACUUAUUGGGUCCUUCAAGUAAAGGUGAGCCGUGGACAGGAAAACCCACUGAUACUAGAUUGGGAUCGGGUGCGAGUCUUUGACAGAGAGAUUGCUCAGAUGUUCAUAAAUAUCACCAAGACUGCAAAGGAGGCACAGGUAGAGUCUGUAAGCAAGAAGGAGAAGGCCAAACAAAGGCCGCAAGCAUUAAACACUGUGGAAAUGCUUCGUGUUGCUAGUUCUGCACUGGGAAUGGGUCCUCAACAUACAAUGCAAAUUGCAGAGCGCCUGUACACCCAAGGUUACAUCAGCUAUCCCCGAACAGAAACCACCCACUAUCCUGAAAACUUUGACCUGAAAGGAACGCUUCGGCAGCAAGCUAACAACCCUUUCUGGGCCGACAUGGUUAAAACUUUGCUUGCUGAGGGAAUCAACCGCCCUAGAAAAGGAACUGAUGCCGGAGACCAUCCACCAAUUACACCGAUGCGUUCAGCUACAGAGGCAGAACUUGGUGGUGAUGCUUGGAGACUGUAUGAGUACAUCACUCGGCACUUCAUUGCCACCAUCAGUCAUGACUGUAAAUACCUUCAGACCAGUAUUGCCUUCAGUGUGGGACCUGAGAAGUUUACCACCACUUGCAAGGAGGUGAUCUCACCAGGAUUCACAGAAAUUAUGCCCUGGCAAGGUAUUCCAAAGGAAGAGAGUUUCCAGCCGUGCGAAAGAGGAGACAAGUUCAGUGUGGAUGAGAUGAAACUGAUGGAAAAACAGACAUGCCCUCCAGACUACUUGACUGAAGCUGAGCUCAUCUCUUUAAUGGAGAGGCAUGGCAUUGGAACUGAUGCCAGCAUUCCAGUGCACAUUAAUAAUAUCUGCCAGCGCAAUUAUGUGACAGUGGAGAGUGGGCGCAGACUGAAGCCUACUAGCCUGGGCAUUGUGUUGGUGCAUGGAUAUUAUAAGAUAGAUCCGGAACUGGUGCUUCCAACCAUUCGCAGUGCAGUGGAGAAGCAGCUCAACUUGAUCGCUCAGGGGAAGGCAAAUUUCCAGCAAGUCCUGGAUCACACCUUGGAUAUCUUUAAGAGGAAAUUCCACUACUUUGUGGAUUCAAUAGCAGGGAUGGAUGAGUUGAUGGAAGUAUCAUUCUCACCUCUGGCUGCAACUGGCAAACCACUGUCUCGCUGUGGAAAAUGUCAUCGAUUUAUGAAAUAUAUUCAGGCCAAGCCUAGCCGCCUCCACUGCUCUCACUGUGAUGAAACCUAUAGUCUUCCUCAAAAUGGCACAAUCAAACUGUACAAAGAACUGCGCUGCCCACUAGAUGAUUUUGAACUGGUUCUGUGGUCAUCAGGGUCCCGAGGGAAAAGCUACCCUCUGUGUCCAUACUGCUACAAUCAUGCCCCUUUUAGGGACAUGAAAAAAGGGAUGGGCUGCAAUGAGUGCACACAUCCAACCUGCCAGCACUCACUUAGCAUGCUGGGAAUUGCUCAGUGUGUUGAGUGUGAAAGUGGGGUAAUGGUCCUUGACUCCACCUCUGGUCCAAAAUGGAAGAUGUCCUGCAAUAAAUGCAAUGUCAUUGUGCACUUCUUUGAGAAUGCACAUCGUGUGCGUGUAUCUGCAGAGACUUGUGAUGCAUGCGAUGCUGCAGUGGUCCAUGUCGACUUCAACAAGGCAAAGUGUCCUCUACCUGCAGAUCAAACACAGCACGCUGGCUGUGUGUUCUGUGACCCUGUAUUUCAGGACCUAGUUGAGCUAAAACAUGCCACAAUGAAACAUCCCAUGCACAAGGGUGGGCAGGGAAGAAGGCAAGGUAGAGGAAGAGGCAGGGGAAGAAGGGCAAACCCCAAAAAACCCAAGGACAAAAUGGCAGCCCUAGCUGCCUACUUUGUGUAACCUGGGCAAUAAUAUGUCAUAUAAAGCAACAUACUGUACAGGCUGAAGGCUGAGAAGAAAGGGCUAGAAAAAAGGAAAACUAAGCAGCUUGGGAAUUUCUAUUUAUACUAUCAACAUUACAGACUGUAAAACAACAUCUCUUUUCCUUAUAAUAAGGACCGAACUUGGAGAUGGGUAUCAUUUAAUACAGACUGGGCCUAAAAAUGAGGGGUUUGACAUGUAUACCUUUUGUUUUUCUGAUCCCAUGUGCUUUAUGUUUAUAUUUUUUUAUGUUGUUGGCUUGUGCUAAAUCACAGACACCAGCUAUCGGAAUAUUACAAAAGUACCAGCCUCACUCUUCGAAGUGAGCAACCAUAUUUUUUACAGUCCAAACAUAUCAUGUGACUCCUAGCUGCCAAAAAGUGCAUUUGUAACAAUAAUAUAACAUUUGUAAUAGCAUUGCCUAGGUUUAUACAAUGACCCUUAGUUAGGUUCUUGGAAAGACAAGCAUUUUGACAAAUAAGGUUUGUCAGUGAUUUUAACAAGAGAAUGAAAAAUUGAUGGACAUAUUGGCAUUUUAUGUUCUGAACGCUACAGUCCACAAAAACUAUUUGAAGCUUCUCACGUCUUCCGUAGUUGCUGCUAUGACCUUCACACACUAAGCUGUCUGUUAUGGGAAGCUAAUGCAGGGGGCUGAUCCCUAACACACAACCUACAGGCCUCUCCUACCUACAAAAUUCACCAUGCUAUGAAUUGGAAUAUGCAACCCAAGGUCAUUCUGUGUUCUAGAUGUUGUUUGGACCUGGCAUCUAAAAUAUACCUUUAUCUCAUUAAAAGGAUUUUUAAAUCUA